AGAGCAGCUAGGAAUGAAUGGGUUUGUGUGGACAGUGACACCAUUUGGAAUGAGCUGCACUCGUCCGGUGCUGCACGCAUGGCUGUUGGCUGUGUCAUCGAGCUAGCUUCCAAAGUGGCCUCGGGAGAGCUGAAGAAUGGAUUUGCUGUUGUGAGGCCCCCAGGCCAUCACGCUGAAGAAUCCACAGCCAUGGGGUUCUGCUUUUUUAAUUCAGUUGCAAUUACCGCCAAAUACUUGAGAGACCAACUAAAUAUAAGCAAGAUAUUGAUUGUAGAUCUGGAUGUUCACCAUGGAAAUGGUACACAGCAGGCCUUUUAUGCUGACCCCAGCAUCCUGUAUAUUUCACUCCAUCGCUAUGAUGAAGGGAACUUUUUCCCUGGCAGUGGAGCCCCAAAUGAGGUUGGAACAGGCCUCGGAGAAGGGUACAAUAUAAAUAUCGCCUGGACAGGUGGCCUUGAUCCCCCCAUGGGAGAUAUUGAGUACCUUGAAGCCUUCAGGACUGUGGUGACGCCUGUGGCCAAAGAGUUUGACCCAGACAUGGUCCUAGUUUCCGCUGGAUUCGAUGCCGUGGAAGGCCACGCCCCUCCUCUGGGGGGGUACAAAGUGACAGCAAAAUGCUUUGGUCAUUUGACGAAGCAGUUGAUGGCACUGGCUGAUGGACACGUGGUGUUGGCUCUGGAAGGAGGACAUGACCUCACAGCCAUCUGCGAUGCAUCGGAGGCCUGUGUAAAUGCCCUUCUCGGAAAUGAGCUGGAGCCACUCGCAGAAGACACUCGCCACCAAACCCCGAACACGAACGCUGUUCUCUCUUUACAGAAGAUCACUGAAAUUCAAAGCAAGUACUGGAAGUCGGUCAGGACGGUGGCGAGGCCCAGGGGCUGUGCUCUGGCUGGGGCUCAGUUGCAAGAGGAGACGGACACCGUGUCCGCCCUGGCCUCCCUGACAGUGGAUGUGGAACAGCCCUUCGCCCAAGAAGACAGCAGAAUCGCUGGUGAGCCUAUGGAAGAGGAGCCAGCCUUGUGAAGUGCCA